CUUCUCCGGCCCUGCUCCCUCUCCCGUUAAAUACCCUGUCCCGCCCCCAUAACUCGCCCAUCUGCCCUCCUCUCUUUACCCGCAAUGGCCCCCGUCACCGUUAAGAAAAUCUGCUGCAUUGGUGCUGGUUAUGUCGGCGGUCCGACUUGCGCGGUCAUCGCCCUCAAGUGUCCCCACAUUCAGGUCACCAUCGUCGACUUGAACCAGGCUCGGAUCGAUGCUUGGAACAGCUCGGAUUUCGCUCUGCCGAUCUAUGAGCCCGGUCUCGUCGACGUCGUCCGUCAGGCGCGCGGUCGCAACCUCUUCUUCUCCACGGAUGUCGACAAGAGCAUCCUCGAGGCCGACCUUAUCUUCGUCAGUGUCAACACGCCCACCAAGAAGAGCGGUGUCGGUGCUGGCUUUGCCGCGGAUCUCAACUAUGUCGAACUUGCUACCCGCCGGAUUGCCGCUGUCGCCAAAACCUCCAAGAUCGUCGUUGAGAAGUCCACUGUUCCCUGCAGGACUGCCGAAUCGAUGCGCACUAUCUUGGAAGCGAACUCUAAAGAACCCGAAGUCAAGUUCCAAAUCUUGUCGAACCCAGAGUUCUUGGCUGAGGGAACGGCUAUCGACGAUCUUUUUGCCCCAGACAGGGUUUUGAUUGGUAGCCUGCAGUCGCAAGACGGAAAGGAUGCUUGCGCCAGCCUGGCAGAGGUCUACGCAAACUGGGUUCCCAAGGAGCGCAUCUUGACUGUCGGUCUCUGGUCAUCCGAGCUUUCUAAGCUCGCUGCCAACGCCAUGCUCGCCCAGCGUAUAUCGUCCAUCAACGCGCUUUCAGCCAUCUGCGAGGCUACUGGCGCGAACAUCGACGAGGUCGCUCACGCCGUCGGCCGUGACAGCCGUGUUGGACCUAAGUUCCUCCGCGCCUCUGUCGGUUUCGGUGGAUCUUGCUUCCAGAAAGAUAUCUUGAACUUGGUCUACCUCAGCGAGAGUCUGCAUCUUCCCGAGGUGGCGGCUUACUGGAGGCAGGUCGUGAUCAUGAACGAGUACCAGAAGAGGCGGUUCAGCAAGACUGUUGUCGAUACGUUGUUCAACACUAUCACUGGCAAGAAAAUUGCUGUCUUGGGCUUCGCGUUCAAGGCCGACACUGGUGACACUCGCGAGUCGCCUGCCAUCACUCUCAUUCGCGAUUUCCUGUCGGAGAAGGCGCGGGUGGUCAUCUACGAUCCUCAAGUGGACGAGGCUCAGAUCUGGCUUGACCUCUCUGAGGCUAUGCCUGAUGUUGCUCUCGAGAAGAUCAAGGCCGUUGUUGAGAUCGCUCCCUCUGCGCUCAAGGCUGCUCAGAACAGCGAGGCUGUCGUCGUCGCCACCGAGUGGAAAGAGUUCACGACUAUCGACUGGCAAGACGUUUACAGCACGAUGAACAAGCCCGCAUUCGUCUUCGACGGCAGGAUGAUCCUCGACGCCGAAAAGCUGAGGCAGAUUGGCUUCAAGGUUACCACCAUUGGCCGGGGCGAGAGGCUCUAAACGGAAUUCUUUCGACGAGCCCCACCGAGGGCCUUCUUUAUUCUCUUGAAACCCUAGAAUUCACGAUACUCCACUCCACCCGCUAUCUGAUCCUCACGCCCAGUCCCACCCGAAUAUGUAUAACGCCCUCUCAUCGAAUACCCUCCGAACGGGACUCAUAUAAUCUUCUACUUUCUUCUCUUCUCUUGCUGACCGUUUCUGUUCUUGUUGAGUGAGUCCAUGGCGUUGCUCAACUUGAAUGGAGAUGGGACGCUAUUGUCCGAACUUUGUGUGGUUUUUUUUUUCUUUCAUGGAUCUUGGGAAUGGAAUGGUUGGGUGACUCGUGUAUGGCUAGAUGUUUGUCAUUGACUAGAAAAAUGUGUUAAUCGUUUUUGCAUCCU